AAUACUCGACCAUUUUUCGCCUCUCCCUCUGAAAAACCUCCCCAGCCGCCGCCGCUUGCCGCCCCCGUCGGUCUGGAUUUGUUGUCAGAUCAGAGGUUGGCUUUCAAACUGACAAAUCAGACUAUUUGAGACUUUCAGGUAGUUUAGGUAUAUUUUCUUUGGUAAUUGAAAGGAAGAAUGGGGAUCAUAGAAAAGAUUAAGGAAAUUGAAGCUGAGAUGGCACGGACCCAGAAAAAUAAAGCAACAGAGUAUCAUCUUGGUCAGCUCAAGGCAAAGAUAGCAAAACUAAGGACACAAUUAUUGGAGCCUCCAAAAGGUUCUAGUGGAGCUGGAGAGGGUUUUGAAGUUACAAAAUAUGGACAUGGACGUGUUGCAUUAAUAGGAUUUCCAAGUGUGGGGAAGUCAACUCUUCUGACACUCUUGACGGGAACACAUUCUGAAGCUGCAUCCUAUGAGUUCACAACUCUUACCUGUAUUCCUGGGAUUAUUCAUUAUAAUGAUACUAAAAUUCAAUUGCUUGAUCUUCCUGGAAUUAUUGAAGGUGCUUCUGAAGGCAAGGGACGUGGUAGGCAGGUUAUUGCUGUUGCAAAAUCAUCAGAUCUUGUGCUGAUGGUUCUUGAUGCCUCCAAGAGUGAGGGGCAUCGACAAAUAUUGACUAAGGAGCUGGAAUCUGUGGGCCUGCGUUUAAACAAGAGGCCACCUCAAAUAUAUUUCAAAAAGAAGAAAACAGGGGGUAUCUCUUUCAACAGCACAGUUCCACUAACACGUGUGGAUGAGAAGCUUUGCUAUCAAAUCCUGCAUGAGUACAAGAUUCAUAACGCUGAGAUAUUAUUUCGUGAGGAUGCCACAGUGGAUGAUCUUAUAGAUGUUAUUGAGGGGAACCGCAAAUACAUGAAGUGUGUAUAUGUUUACAACAAGAUAGAUGUUAUUGGUACUGAUGAUGUGGACAAAUUAGCCCGACAGCCAAAUUCUAUUGUCAUCAGCUGCAAUCUAAAGCUAAAUUUAGACAGACUGCUUGCAAAGAUGUGGGAGGAGAUGGGGCUUGUGAGAGUUUAUACAAAGCCGCAAGGGCAACAACCUGACUUCACAGAUCCUGCUGUUUUCUCUGUUGGUAGAGGUGGGUGCACAGUGGAGGACUUCUGUAACCACAUACACAGGAAUCUGGUGAAGGAUGUCAAAUAUGUCUUGGUAUGGGGCACAAGUGCAAGACACUAUCCGCAGCAUUGUGGACUUGGCCAUGUUCUUCAGGAUGAGGAUGUUGUUCAGGUUGUCAAAAAGAAGGAGAAGGAAGAUGGAGGGAGAGGUCGAUUCAAAUCACAUUCGAAUGCUCCUGCUCGAAUAUCUGACAGAGAAAAGAAGGCUCCUCUGAAGACAUAGUUACUCGGAUUGAGACUCGCCAAAAUUCAGAAGUUUGUUGGUCUCCUUUUCAAAGCUGUUCUGUUUCUUCUAUUGAAGAAUGAAUGGCUGAGACUAAUAACCAAGUGAUUCUGCAGAUGAUAAUAGAGCUUGAUGUGUUGAUUGCUAGUGAAACCCCACUGGCAUUUCAUGCUGAAGUUUGUGGGCGUUCUUAUAUGGUAGGAGGCUCUGGGUUGCCUUAUGUAUUCUAUAUAUGGUUACAGGAUGAAUUAAUGGAUGAUUUUAUUUAUGUAUAAAUAUAGAACACAUGAUCAGAUACUUGUAUGAUGGAUGGAUUGAACUCAGUUCUAUUAUGGAAUUAUGAAUCAUUUGUUAUUGUUAUUGAAAAACACUAUUUAGACUAGACA